AUGCCUUCUGUUAUAUUGACAAAUAUUUGUACCCGGUUAGGACUGGUCAAUGGGGCGACUGGAACCGCCGUCGGUAUUGUGGUCGACCCAGCUGCUGAGUUCUAUGAGAUUGAUGAUUUGUAUAUCCUUUUCACCAAGCCUCCCGCGUGUGUUUUGUUCAAACAGAACAAGUCAAGCGCCGCUGCGUUCGAAGGUCUUGCGCCUGCUAUCGUUCCUGUCUUCCCCUUAGAGAGGUCGAUCACUGUAAAGUGCUACUCUGUCCGCAGGAAACAAGUCCCCAUGUGCCCGGCAUUCUGCCUCACCGAUUAUAGAGUGCAGGGCUCUACGCUUGACUCUGCGAUUCUAGAUCUGAAGGAUGACCCGACGAUACGUGGUCGAGACCGUCACCAAAAGUUCUGCUCGACGUACGUACAAUUAUCCCGAUUGCGAACGCGUGAAGGGCUUGAUCUUCUGCAGGAAAUCGAGAUGAAGGACCUCCAGUUUAAACCUGAUUCUCGGAUACUCGCGGAAAUGCAGAGACUUCAGGAGCUGCAAAGAAUGACGUUAGACGAAUGGGAGCAUUCGUGUUAG